AUGGCCCGGAUAACGCAAUUGGCCGUCUUUCUUUCUCUUUCUCUUCUCAACAUCUUUGGCGUACAGCUGGCCCUUGCAGCAGAAGAUGGUCCUGGCUCGGCUUCUGUUUUGACCAGCGAGGUCGGCCGCCUCAACAACCAAAGCCUGUUUUGGGGUCCUUAUAAGCCAAACUUGUACUUUGGUGUCCGGUCAAGGUCUCCCAAGACUCUUUGGAGUGGAUUGAUGUGGUCUCGUGUCGACACCUACAAUGACGUUCAACACGGUUUCCGAUACACUUGUGAGCAGCACGAGGGCCUUCAUGGCUAUGGCUGGGACGAAUACGAUGCACGAAAGGGUGGUAUCCAGAACAUCCACGAUGAAGGCAACCAGAUUGACAUCACCACCUCGUUUGUCAAAGUGCCUGGUGGGGCUAACGGCGGCAGUUGGGCGGCCAGGAUCAAGGGCGUCCCCAGAGAGGGUGCUCCUUCUGACUUAAAGACCUUGGUUCACUACUACAUUGCUCAAGAGGGCACUGACGCAGAGAUCGCCUACUCUGGCCCUGUCGACCCGACCGGCCUCGACGGUGAUGCUGUAUUUGAAGGCAGCUCCCCUGAGCUCGGCAAGUACAAGUUGGUCGUCACCAAGGGGGAGGGCAAGCACCCCUCCAGCGACCAUGACUUGGCAAAGACCAGACUCGGCGAUCGAACCGUUGUGCGCUCCGUCACUGUCCCGGAGGAGCUCCAGUGGCAAGGCAAAGGGGUUGUGUUCAACAUGAUCCAGGAGAGCGUUAAGGAGGUCCAGGAGAAGUACGACACCGACGACCCGCCCCCGCCGCACCUGGUUUAUCAACUGGCACACAAGCCUGGUGAAGGUAACACUCACGUCGUCCAGAAGGCCUUCGAGGGGCCUUUCGAGUUCGACGUCAUCUUCUCGUCUGUUUCAGCUGGACCAGAGCUCACCAGCGCCGACGUUACUCGCGAGAUCAAGACAGUGAGCGAGUCCUUCGGCGAGCGCUUUUCCUCCGUCUUCAGCCUGAAGGCUCCUUUCACUGCCGAAAAGUACAAGAAGUUCGGUAAGAGCAUGUUCUCCAACCUGCUCGGUGGCAUUGGCUAUUUCCACGGCCAGCACCUCGUCGAUCGGUCCUACGCCCCUGAGUACGACGAGGAGAACGAGGGUUUCUGGGAGGAGGCCGCCGCUGCCCGCGCUCGCAAGCAACAGGCGUUGGAGGGACCUUACGAGCUCUACACCGCUGUCCCAUCCCGUCCUUUCUUCCCCCGCGGAUUCCUCUGGGAUGAGGGCUUCCACCUGAUUCCCAUCGCCGAAUGGGACAUUGACUUGACUCUUGAGGUGGUCAAGAGCUGGUUCAACCUGAUCGAUGAGGACGGAUGGAUUGCACGGGAGCAAAUUCUUGGUAACGAGGCCCGAAGCAAGGUCCCCGAAGAGUUCCAAGUCCAAUACCCGCACUACGCCAACCCUCCCACACUCUUCCUCAUCAUCGAGGGUUUCAUGGAGCGCCUCCGAAAGACCAAUGGCAGCCUGCCCGCUGAGAAGGAGCAUCUCGGUGCCUCCUCCGCGCUUCAGACCGCUCACUUGGACAACGUCGAGCUCGGCGAGGAGUACCUGCGCAAGCUUUACCCCCUUCUCCGCCGCCAGUACGAUUGGUUCCGGAAGACGCAGCGCGGCGACAUCAAGUCUUACGACCGUGAUGCUUUCUCUAACAAGGAGGCCUACCGCUGGAGAGGACGCACCGAGACUCACAUUCUGACCAGUGGUAUUGACGACUACCCGCGGCCUCAACCUCCUCACCCCGGCGAACUCCACGUCGACCUCAUGUCAUGGGUUGGCCUGAUGACCAAGUCCCUCAUGAACAUCGCCGACGCUCUGGGCAUGCGGGAGGAAGUUGAUGAAUUCAAGACCACACUGAACGCCAUUCGCCGCAACCUUAAUGACCUGCACUGGUCCGAGAAGGAGGGCUGCUACUGCGAUGCCACUAUUGAUGCGUUCGAGGAGCACCAGCUUGUCUGCCACAAGGGCUACAUUUCCCUGUUCCCCUUCCUCGUCGGUCUUCUUGAGGCCGACGACCCCAAGCUCGGCAAGCUGCUGGACCUCCUUGGUGACGAGGAGCAUCUCUUCAGCCCGCAUGGUAUCAGGUCUCUGAGCAAGCAGGACGAAUUCUACGGAACCGCCGAGAACUACUGGAGAAGCCCCGUCUGGAUGCCAAUCAACUACAUGGCCGUCUCCCAGCUCAAGAACAUCGCCUCCCAAGACGGACCUUACAAGGCCAAGGCCGCCGACCUCUUCACCCGCCUGCGCAAGAACCUCGUCGACACCGUCUACAAGAGCUGGGAGGAGACCGGCUUCGCCUGGGAGCAGUACAACCCCGAGACGGGUGAGGGCCAGCGCACCCAGCACUUCACCGGCUGGACGAGUCUGGUCGUCAAGCUCAUGGCCAUGGAGGAGCCCAGCAAGGCGAGCAGCGGCGGUCACGUCAGGGACGAGCUGUAA